ACAGUAUGAAUGGUGAGAGAGUGAUCCAGAGAGAGUGGCCCCUGUGACUGUGUCAGAGAGAGCUCUGGGUGAGGUUAGAGAGUGUCAGAGAGAGGGUGUGUACAGCAGCAGUCUGUGAGUGGGCUGUAAUUGGAUUGUAGCAGCUGGGAGGAUUGGACAGGCUGCAGAUUAGGAGCAGUCAGACCCAGGACUCUGAGCUCUUAUGGGAGCUAGGAAGUGGCUCCAGCAGUGGCAGUAAAUGAGCUGUGAAAUGGGAGGGAGGACCACGAGUGGCAGCUGGUGUGAUGGACAGUGAGGGAAAGGGACACCACAUGUGCUCAUGGCAUCCAGAGAGUGCUCCAGCCCAGGAGAGAGGUCCCGGGCUCCCCUGACACUGCAUUGCCAGCACUGAGUCCAGGCAGGGGCAGAAGAUCAUCAUGUCUGUAGCUAUAAGGGGCAUCUCCUGCCAAGACCGUGCCAGCAUCCCCAGCCCAGGAAUAAGGACCAGACCAGAAAAUAUUGUGUGCACCUUGGUCUCUGUGAGCACUACCACCAGGGGAAAUGCUAGUGUUGGUCAAUCCCAAUCAGUUGACGGACAUCAAUCUCUCUUCACACAGUGCAGAAACAAACUCUCACACCCAGAACCCUCUGCCAUCUGCAUUCAUGACUGACAGACCCUUAAUUACAACUGAACCAGACUUGGUCUCUCUUAACCAAACCAACUCUACUGAUUGUGGAGAGGAGAUCCUGCUGUAUGGUGACAUUGAGAAGAUUGUCAUUGGGGUUGUCCUCUCAAUCAUCACGGUAUUUACCAUUGCUGGCAAUGGGCUGGUCAUAAUUUCGGUGUGCAUUGUGAAAAAGCUCAGGCAGCCAUCUAACUACCUGGUGGUCUCCUUGGCGGCCGCUGACCUCUCGGUGGCCAUCGCAGUGAUGCCCUUUGUCAUCAUCACUGAUCUGGUUGGUGGAAAAUGGCUUUUUGGAAAAGUGUUCUGCAAUGUGUUUAUUGCCAUGGAUGUCAUGUGCUGUACAGCCUCUAUCAUGACUUUGUGUGUAAUCAGUGUGGACAGAUACCUUGGAAUAACUCGCCCGUUGACAUACCCUGCAAGACAAAAUGGAAAGCUGAUGGCUAAAAUGGUAUUUAUUGUAUGGCUCCUCUCUGCCUCCAUUACACUUCCACCAUUAUUUGGUUGGGCCCAAAAUGUCACAGUGGAAAGAAUGUGUCUCAUUAGCCAAGACUUUGGAUACACUGUGUACUCCACUGCUGUUGCCUUUUACAUCCCAAUGACAGUCAUGCUUGUUAUGUACCAGAGGAUCUUUGUAGCAGCUAAAAUCAGCGCAGAGAAGCACAAGUUUGUCAACAUUCCCCGCCUCUAUGAACAGGAAGGAAUAUAUUGCCUGGAAGAAAAGAUUGCACCCAAAAAGAACUCUAAAAAGAGCAAAGCAGUUGAAGAGUUUGCCACCUUGUCGAAACUUAUAAGGCAGGAUCGGAAGAACAUCUCUAUCUUCAAGCGAGAGCAGAAAGCAGCAAGGACUCUAGGAAUAAUUGUGGGGGCAUUUACGUUUUGCUGGUUGCCCUUCUUCUUGUUGUCCACAGCUCGACCUUUUAUAUGUGGCAUAAGGUGCAGCUGCAUGCCGCUCCGACUGGAGAGGACACUCUUGUGGUUGGGUUACACUAACUCGCUCAUCAACCCCUUGAUCUAUGCCUUCUUCAACAGAGAUUUGAGGACUACGUUUUGGAACUUGCUGAGGUGCAAGUACACAAAUAUAAACAGACGGCUUUCAGCAGCAAGCAUGCAUGAAGCUCUAAAGGUUACAGAGAGACAUGAGGGCAUUUUGUAGCCUCCACCUCGUUGGGUUCUACUCUUUAGGAGAUGACAUUUCACAUAAUAUAAUGUAACUUUGUUAGAAAUAAGCCUCCAAAAGACAUAAAUGUUCAGUGCCUCUUACAAAUGGACAAUGCUUUAGUGUGAAAAAUUUAAUUGAAUCUUGUUUCUUUUUUUCUAAUUUAAAUAUAUAAUAUUUAUUACAUUCAUUAAUAUUGAGAUGCGAUGGGUAACUUUGCAAUUUCUUGCUCAUUGCAGAAGGAAUGCAGAACUUAACUGAAUGAGAUAUUUUAUGUCCGAAACGGCUAUAAAAUCAAUGAACUUGUAAAAACCAGUUUGCAUCGUUUCUAUUUAUCCAAAUGAACUAGCUAUUUAUAAUGCAGUGUCUACUAAUGAAUGUAAGUGCAAUGCGCAUUUAUUUCUUAGCUCUUAAUUACUACUGUUUGCAAAAGAGCAGAUUUUCACACAGCAAUUUACGAAGCUUUGCAUUGGAAACUCCUCACUGGUAUGUUUGAGGUAAUUCUCUUUUUGCAAUAGUUUGAUGUGUUUGUAACAGCUUGUAUUUUAAGGAUUUGUUAACCAUUUAAAGAAAUAAAACGCUCAGCCCUAGUAUUUAAUUGGCAAAAAAAGGAAAAAAACAACAACAACAAAAAAACAUAUUGCUUAUGUAAAAUAUUUAAACGGCAUUGUUACCUUUUCCUCAAGUCAGAGUUAUUUUUACCAUUUUAAAUAUCUAAAUGAUAACCCCAAAAAGGCAGGAAAACAUGGAUUAAUGAUUGCUAGCCAUUUUAGAGAGAAAAAAAAAACUCUAUAGAGUUAAAGAAAGGAAAUUUCACAUUAAAGCUUAGCACAUGCUGAGAUAAAAAUUAGAAUAUAAAAGUAAACUAUUUGUGGGCAUAAAGCUACACAGUUGGUCUCUCACCCAUAUUCUGCAUUUAUUUGAACCCCAUCCAUGGGAGUGGGAGUGGUAUACGUGACUAGUUAACAACUAGUGUACACAAACGGGAAAAUGUAUCAUGUCAUUUUGUAAAUAAAAUUGUGGAAGAAGUUUAAGAAUAUAGACGUACUCUGGACAUGGGUUUUAGUGACUCGGAUCUCCCCACGGUCUUAUAUUUCACAUGAGUGAAUCUGUUCUUGUGCAGAAUGGUGUGGGCUGAUCUACUGAUGUUUAAUUCAUGAUAGCUUACCUACGAAUAAUGUCAGUAGCACAGAAAACGGUACUGUAAAUUAGGGUUAGAAUUUCAUCCUACACAUUAUACUUGCUUGACCCAUUUAGGGUCCAAGUAUUCUUCUUCAUUGAAGAAUAUAUGUCAGCUUGAUUCUUUAACCAUUCCGAGUUACCCAUUUUCAGUCAUAGGAUGAUUUAGGUAAAAAAAAAAAAAAGCUGCUCUCUUCUUCCUGAAAUUUAAUAACUUGGGAUGGUACUUACUUGGAAUCUAGGUUUAGUGAAUGGAACGUUAAUAGCUUUCUUUUACAGACUUCAUUGUAAGACCUAAUUCUGUUAGCAGAUUUGUAUGCCAUGGUGAAAGGCUUAUUUUGACGCGAUCAAGAUAUAUAAAAUGUGAAAUGCGUAUGGGGUUCGCUAAGAAUAGACUUCUGCCCUAUAAAACUAUUUAAAAAAAGCGAAUUCUAAACCGCAAUAUUUGGCUUCACAACCACUUACAAAGUAUUUACAAACAGUAUAUAUAUUUUUAGAUUAAUAAUAUG